CUCGCGAGACGUUUCACAAACAUGCCAGCUUUUGGAAAUAAUACUUUUAACCUAUGCUUUUAACACAAACAAGACACCGUUGCAGUGGAGCAAGUAGUGUGCAAUUUCUACAAAACUAUCAAAUAGGGUUAUAGCUAUCGUUCAUAUUUGUAUGUCUUAUGUGCUGCUUCCUGCUCUCGCGGAAGUGACGAACGUGUAGAGCAAAACAUGCACAUGUGAGAGCUGCAUGGUGAGAAACACACAUUUACUUCAAAUACACUUUACAGUUGACGAGAAGAAAGACUUUAGACGCGGAGUAUGAAUGAACCGGGACACUAUCCUCCGCCGGACUUCGGCUGUCCCCCUCCAGAUUUCAUCCAGCCAUUCCAGCAACAGCAGCCCCAAUCGAGCAACUUCCAUCCGAGCAUGUGGAGCUGGGGCGAGACGUCCUCCGAGCCCAGCUGGGACUACAGCAGCCAGGCGGAUAGGCAUAACGGGGCAGCGGGAGGCUUUGGUUUCCCAUCGACUCGUGGAAACUAUGGACCUAAACGUCCACACGGUCAAAACUUUGGUCGUGAAAGGCAUCAUGGUGGAAAUCGAGGUGGAAGACAGAAUUAUGGAGCCCCCAAUAAUAAUGGGAAAAAGCAGAAGAAUAAGAAAGAACCGGAGUAUUCCCAUUUUUGUGACACCUGUGACCGGGCCUUCAAAAACCAGGAGAAGUACGAUGAACACGUUUCUCAGCAUGUCAAGUGUUCUGUGCCUGACUGCAGCUUCUUGGCUCAUGAAAAAAUAGUCAGCAUCCACUGGAAAAAUAACCAUGCACCGGGCGCUAAAAGAAUCAAGUUGGAUACAGCAGACGAGAUUGCAAAAUGGAGAGAAGAGAGGCGCAAAAAGUAUCCAACGCUUCAGAAUAUUGACAAUAAGAAAAAAGUGAUGGAAGUGCGGGAGGACACCGGAGCCGUUCUAGAGACGGCUCAGUUUGGACGAAUGAGAGGCAGAGGACGAGGGCGAGGACGGGGUCGUGGCUGGGGUAACAGAGGGUUCCAUGGACAACACCCUCGAGGCCCUCACCCAUCAGACAGCAGUGCCACAGAGAGACCUCCACCCCUCACCCAGCCCCGCAGGGACGAGGAUCCCCUGGGAGCGCUGGCCAGCAGUGAUCAUGAUUCCGGCAGAGAAGACCCAGCUCCCAAGUCCAGGACUGGUGGCCUGGUUGUGGCUCCUAAACAGAUGAGCUCGGCUCUGGGCUCCCUGGUGGCCAACUAUGGCACCAUGAGUGAAAGUGAUGAGGAACCGGAGGCCACCCCUAUUCAGAGAGCUAAAGACCUUGUGCAAGAAAACCAGGCGCUCCUAAACGCACUACCACUAAACUGUCAGGACACAGGACCCUCGAGAGGCCCGGCCUCCUUCCCACAGGGUCCAGAGGCUCACAAAGAUGCCCACCCUAACAAUGUCCCUCACACACCGAACAGCAGAAGAAGAAGAGGGGGCAGAGGGGGCAGAGGGGGCAGAGGGGGUAGAGGAGGGUAUCAAGAUGCACCGCAGACACAUCGUCCCACUCUACUUGAAAUGUUACUGGCCCCAGAUAUCCGUCAUGAAAGGAACGUCCUCCUGCAGUGUGUGCGCUAUGUUGUCCGAAAUAACUUCUUUGGCCUGGAGAGCAGACCUCAGAAUCAGAAUGGGAUAAAGGAUAAAGUCACACCCUCGAUCCCAACUGAAGAGCAUGAUGGGAGGCAGGAAAAGCAAUCAGAGGACGCCAGGGCUGUGCCUCGCUCUACCUCUCUGGUUGGUGUAGAGCCAACUGUCAAAGACUGCCACAGCCUUUAUCUGAAGGGAACAGAUAAAAUCAGAUCUACCUCUAAUAAUUAUGAUGAUGAAAUAUGGGAGAGCCCUGGGACUGUUAACUAAAAGUGAGACAUUAGUCUUUCAGAAGAUUGUGUUAAUCAUUUUGAAAUUGUUAUUUUUCAAGGACUGUCAUUUUUUAUGUGAUGCUAGUUUGACCUAACAAUAUCCAGUUAUAUUUUUGUAACUUGCUAUAUACUGAAGGAAGACUCUUUUUUUUCUUGUUAAAUAAAGCACAUCAACUUUA